AAGGCCGGCCCCGAGCCCACACCCUGGGCCGGCGGGGCCCGCGCGCCCAGAUCCGCUGCGGAUGAAUGGCCCUGCUGCCUGGAUGGGGGCCCCGGGGCCCCGAGCCCCAUACCUCGCGGACGCCCCUCGCCGCCUGGCGCGCGCCGGGUCCCUCCCGGGCGAGGUGGAGCGCGCGGCGCCCCCGGGCCCGGGCGCCCGGAGUCCCGCGGCGGCGGCGAGCGGAAGCCGGGGCGGCGCCCACGAGCACCGCGGGGCCGCCGAGAGCCUGGACUGCGAGUCCUGGGUCAGAGAGAAAGUGCUCUUCCUUCUGCACCCCGAGAGGUGGUCGGGGACUCAAGGGGACUCCGCGCGGGGAGAGGCGGCCGGUGGAGAGGACUUAUUCCCGGUGGGCGGAGACGACCUGGAGACGGACUGCCCUUCUCUCUUUCCGAGAGAAAGGCGAAUUUCUGGCAGCCGUGUAGACGCCCCCUUCGGAGCCCCUGAACGGGACCCCGCAUCCGCACCCAAGUCCGUGCUCGUGCGCGUCGUGGACUACGAGGUGACCCAAGAAGUCCUGCGGAGCGCGUGGACGGAGGGCCGCAUGACCACACAGACGGAGGAGCACACCGUGACCGCCAUCACUUUUCGCACCAGCAGGGAGUGAGGCAGCCUGUGGGGCGCAGGGACCCCUGGAGAGCCCCUGGGCUCACUUGGCAGGGAGAGGAGCACAACGCCGCGGAGACAGGAUGGUUUCACGGUCCCCAGGGAACUGAUUCCUGAGGAGGUUUAACUGGAAAGAGGAGCCCGGGGAAUCUUCGGGCUGGUGGGGAGUGAGCGAUGCUCCUUAAGAAAACGCCCUUCGGGGAAUCCCAGCCUGCAAUAUGCCAACAGCAAGGAACUUUUAAGAGCCUGGGGCAGGGCUUCGGGGAGACAGAUAGCACCCAAUACAGAUUGCAGAACUGUAAGCAACAUUAUACCUCUUUUAUCGUAAACACUGUGAUGGUCUGGGACCUAAGUCACUCCGAAGAGAAGAAAAGACCUAAGAACAGAAGUGAAGUUCGAGGUCUGCAAGUCUGCAAAGGGGGUAGGAGUGGAUGGAAAGAGAACCUAGUUUUAAAAGCUGAGAAAGUAAACAGAAACGGGAAAAAUUUUUAAACGCAAGUAAAAUCUCUUUUUACUCUCUCCUGGUGUGCACAUUUUUCUCCCCCCCAUCCUCCCACCUCACAUUUAAGUAUUAGGAAGAAAAGAGCUAGGAGAAAAAAGGGGAGAACAGAAGGCAGCCUUGAAGGUGAAAUGCCAUUUAAAGGGGUUUACGCCGACAUACCUGAGUCCAGUAAAAUUGCUUUCCAUCUGAAAUUUUUAAUCAUUUUAAUGUUUAAAAUACUGCCGAUAAAUCUGAUCUAACGGUAGGUAAUGUAUACUCUGUCAUAAAAUGACUGUCUCUCUUAUUCUUGUCCAUAGUUCCUUAUUAGUAACAUUUGUAGUCAAGACUGGAUUGAAAAUAUUUAUCUCUUGGUGCUGUUGAGAAAAAAAAUACUUCUGGUGCCAUUGAAAGAACUCAUUUAAUUUUACUACUUCUUUGUUAUUAAACACCAUCUUUAACUUUUUA